GACCUCUAGCCGGUCCAAUGAUAUCACAGGUUCCGCGUUCAUUCAUGGCGGGGCUGUAUGAGAGGAGCUCUCUGACUAUUUUCAAGGAUUUCUAGUUUUUCAGUGUUCUCUGUGCCAAGUAAAACCUGCUGUUGAUUCGUGCAAUAUCGGCAGAAGGUACAGGAUCAACGACAUGUCGGGGGAAGCAAGUUCUCCGGAAGGGAAUGGCAAGGUUAGUCGGGUCAUCCGGAUUGGAACCCGUAAGAGCCAGUUGGCUCGCAUCCAGACUGACAGUGUGGCGGACAAGCUGAAAGAACUGUACCCUGACAUCCACUUGGAAAUAGUUGCCAUGUCAACGACAGGAGACAAAAUCCUUGACACAGCUUUAUCAAAGAUUGGAGAGAAGAGUUUGUUCACCAAAGAGUUGGAGAACGCUCUGGAGAGGAACGAGGUUGAUCUGGUUGUUCACUCACUGAAAGACCUUCCCACCACUCUGCCUCCAGGGUUCACCAUCGGGUCUGUGCUGAAGAGAGAAAACCCCCACGAUGCUGUGGUUUUACACCCCAAAAAUGUCGGGAAAACUCUCGAUACUCUGCCAGAAAACAGUGUGAUCGGCACCAGUUCACUGCGGCGUGCUGCUCAGCUGAAGAAGAGAUUCCCCCACCUGGACUUUAAAGAUAUUCGCGGGAACCUGAACACGCGUCUGAAGAAGCUGGACGAAAAGGAGGACUUCGCUGCCAUCAUCCUGGCUGCUGCCGGCCUCAGGAGAAUGGGCUGGGAGAACCGCAUCAGCCAGAUCCUGGGCCCUGAAGACUGUAUGUACGCUGUUGGACAGGGGGCGCUGGCAGUGGAGGUCCGGGCCAGAGACGCAGACAUCCUGGAGAUGGUGUCUGUCCUCCAUGAUCCAGACACUGUGCUGCGCUGCAUAGCUGAGAGAGCCUUCCUCAGACACCUGGAGGGUGGGUGCAGUGUUCCAGUGGCCGUACACACCCAGGUGAAGGACUCCCAGCUCUACCUGACGGGGGCAGUGUACAGCCUGGAUGGAUCUGACAGUCUGAAGGAAACCAUGCAGACUAGCAUUGCUGCUGAUGACAGGAGCCUAGAAGAGGUGGACGAGCAGGUCCAGCGAGUGGGAGUCACAGCCAGCAAGGUCUCCGGUGGAGCCCAGGACCGGGCUGAACGGCUGGGGGUCGACCUGGCCAAGUUACUGCUGAGCAAAGGAGCCAAGGAGAUCCUGACGGUGGCCAGGCAGCUCAACGACGCCAGAUAAUGCUGCCGGGCUGAGGGGCAGGGCUCCGGGAGUCGGUCACAGCCUUGUGUCGAGCAAAACCUAGAAUUCCUUUUUUUAUGUUACAUAUUUGCAGAAAAACUGAGGAUUUUAAACACUACUUGGACCAAAGCAGUGCUCAGUGUGAUACGGUGCUGCUAAACUGACAAGAAACAUUAUCAGCUUGUUCAGGGUCAUUGCAAUCUGUAGUGCUCUUGGUCUUGGUCCCAGCCUGUUCUUACGUACAGUACCUCAUGGAACCAUCUCCUGAGCUAUGUAGAAACCGCCUUACUGGGAUUAUCAGUGAAACACAAAAAGGCCUUCACACGUUGUCGCAGCGCUUACAGUACCAACACGGUCAGACAUCCUAGUGGUUUAAUCCUUUUUUGUUUUUUGAAGCAUUUCAAGAUAGUGUGAGUAUCAAUAUAUUAAAUAAAAUGCCAUUCAUAUUCCCCCCCCCCACAUCCAUUAUUCUUCCCCAGAGACAGGGGAAAAAAAGAAAUUAGCACAGAGUUCCUCUCUUGGCUCUUAGCUGCAUUCUCAUUAGAAAAUCUGACAGUUGAUGGUACCAAAGAUGAGUUUCCAAGCACGUGGGCACAUUUUUUCAGUUUGUAGCAGGCAACACUGCUUUGAAAUGGGGCUCAUUUAGGUGUGAAUAUUGAGAAAUGGACAUGGAAAGUUCUAUUGCAAAGAGGUCACCUAUUGUACUUGAUCAGACCUUAUCCAUUGGAGUAAUUGGCAUUAAUAGUGUAGUGUUUUAUCACGUUGGCCUCCUGAAAAACAAAAGUACCUUUUCUGCAUAAACUACAUUCAGCUCUUGUUGGAUGGAGCAUCUUCAGCUGAGGAUGUUUGCUGCUUUUAAGAUUGUGCUGGCUGCCUCUUUUACAGAGAGAGAGAAUAUAUUUAAUAAACUAAAUAUGAUAAGCUGGAGGGAUUGUUUUGUUUUACCCCACCGAGUUUGGACAGCUUUGUACUGAACAUAUAUGACGAACAGUUCCGCUACAUGACUGGAGAUUACUUGUUUAACACUGGAGCAAUAUCACUACACAUACAGCGCCACGUUAAAAAUCUACUGUGAGCUUAUAUUUUUAAAUACGGCGUAAAUGCAAAAGUUGUGGAUUUACAAUAGUAUAAAGUGUUUAAAGAGUAAAGGGUACAGUUGAAAACCUGCUCAUUGGAUUUCAUGAACUGGCUUUAGGGGCAGUCACAUGUUAGAGAUGUAUAGUAGCCAACACAACAGACCUUUUAUUUGAUUUUUUUUUUUGAUCCACAACAGUGUUUAACUGCUGCAUUGCCACACUGGCUCAAACCUUGGCCUUUUUGGACUCAUCCAUGUAGAUGGUGUUUGUAUGUUGUGGUUCUACCGAAGCACCUCUGCAUCCAACAAAGCACAAAUUAGAGAACUUAAUUAUGACUUCUGUGUCAUAUUUAUAACGUAGUUUUCCUGUGAUUACGAGUAAAUGAUAACUGCUUAUUAUUAGGAGAUUGUUAUCUCCUAAUUAUGGAGUUUGAGAUGUGGAAAUGCUAAUUAUGAGAGGCUAAGUCAUAAUUAAGAGAUCCAGAAUAUAUCCUUUGGUGAAUGCAAUGCACACCUGUGUAGUUCCUCCACAGCUUUUCAACAUUUUAUCAGUUUGUAUUUGCUGUAAUGUUGUCAUGCGAGAUGCUGUACUCCACAUAUCAAAACUGAAGAGUUUCCAAAAGCAAUAGAUUUUCAAACUUGACUUGGCUAAUGAAAUAAACAAGUCUUGAAUGCCAUUAUUUGUUUUUCUAUAGUUUCUGUUACAGUGCCAUCUCUGUAAAUUAUUUCUGCCCAAGUAAACUGCAUAUUUGCCUUACAUAGAACAAUGCCUGUUUUUAUUUGAUAAAGUACAGUAGAUCUUCAUCAGUGUACCCACUGUACCGUUAGUGUGAUACCAUAUUGUAUUUCUUUUGUUUUAUAGGUGUUUAUUGUAUGUUACACUUAAUUUAAACCUCCUGGGACAAUGUAAGGUAACGUUAGCCAUAUUUGUUUUUCAGCUUUAAUUUCUCUACGGAUUAACGUAGAAAUCUGUUUUUAGAUUCUUUAUCGCAGUACUUGUUGCAUCUAUCCAUUAAUGACAAAUAAUUUACGUCCUGAAGUGUCUUUGUUUUGCCACUUAUGUGAACAUUAUGUCAAAUCAAAAUGUCAAGAAACAAAUUUCAAUAAAAGCUGUGUGUUAUAGCUG